GCGGGGGGGUUCAAGUAGAGCAUACAGAGAAGUCCCAGGCUAACUCCAUCCUAACAAUAUGGCUUCCCCUGUCAAUCAGCAGCUGCUGCAUCAUACAGAGGUAAGGUGCGACGGCAGCGGGGACUCUAGUAGCGUAACUGUGAAAAUUAACCGGCAGCACCACCAAGCUCCGUCUAGGCGUUGCAAAUACAGUAUUUCAUCCAGCUGCAGCUCAGGGGAGUCUGGAGUAAAGAAGGGUGGAGGAGGUGGAGGAAUUCGUAAGCAGAAGAAGCUCCCUCAGCUUUUCGAAAGGUCUACAUCCAACUGGUGGAACCCAAAAUUUGACUCCAGUAACCUAGAAGAGGCCUGCGUGGAAAGGUGCUUUCCGCAAACCCAACGUAGGUUUCGCUACGCUCUCCUGUACCUCUCAGUAUCGGCACUCCUGUGGAGUAUCUACUUUGGCGUCCAUCUGAACUCCAAACUGAUUGCCCACCUCGUACCAACUCUGUGCUUCCUCAUGGUGUGCCUAGGCUUCUUUUUCUUUACAUUUACCAAACCUUACACCCGUCACUGUAUGGUAGUCUCCCUUCUCGUCACUCUGCUGGUCUUUGCUUUGACUCUGGCGUCCCAGUUCUUGGUGUUGACCAACGAAAGUGAUAAUGAUGGCUUCUCGAACGCAACUUCCGCUUUUUCCAACUUCACGUCUUGCCUAUCCCAAGUGGGCAGCUUUUCCAUAUGUGUGGAAGUCCUGCUUCUGCUCUAUACGGUCAUGCACUUGCCGUUGUACCUCAGUGCCUGUCUUGGGGUAGCGUAUUCUAUACUUUUUGAGACCUUUGGCUACCACUUCCGUUACAAAGCGUGCUUUCCUCCUAUGACGGACAGUAUGGCUCACUGGGAACUAAUAAGUAGAGCGCUCCUACAUGUGUGCAUUCAUGCUAUUGGAGUCCACCUCUUCAUUAUGUCGGAAGUACGAUCCCGCAGCACUUUUUUAAAAGUUGGCCAAUCCAUCAUGCAUGGUAAAGAUCUGGAAGUUGAGAAAGCUCUCAAAGAAAGGAUGAUCCAUUCUGUCAUGCCAAGGAUCAUUGCGGAUGACCUGAUGAAGCAAGGGGAUGAUGAGAGCGAAAACUCCGUUAAACGACACUCUGCCUCCAGCCCAAAAAGUCGCAAGAAGAAGUCUUCAAUCCAGAAGACGCCCAUAGUCUUCAGGCCCUUUAAGAUGCAAAGGAUAGAACAAGUAAGCAUUCUGUUUGCGGAUAUUGUGGGAUUCACCAAGAUGAGUGCUAACAAAUCAGCCCAUGCCCUUGUGAGCCUUCUUAAUGAUCUGUUUGGGCGUUUUGACCGUCUGUGUGAAGAGACAAGGUGUGAAAAAAUCAGCACCCUUGGCGACUGCUACUAUUGCGUGGCAGGAUGCCCAGAACCUCGGCCGGACCAUGCCUAUUGUUGCAUCGAAAUGGGCCUCGGCAUGAUUGAAGCAAUAGAGCAGUUUUGCCAGGAAAAGAAAGAGAUGGUCAACAUGCGUGUAGGUGUACACACUGGCACCGUUCUUUGUGGCAUCCUGGGCAUGAGAAGGUUCAAGUUCGACGUCUGGUCAAAUGAUGUCAACCUCGCUAAUCUAAUGGAACAGUUGGGAGUGGCGGGUAAAGUACACAUUUCGGAGAAAACCGCAAAGUACCUGGACGACCGCUACCUGAUGGAGGACAGUUUGGUGGUCGAACGCGUCGGACAGAUCGUAGCAGCUGAUCAGCUUAAAGGCCUGAAGACUUACCUGAUCUCGGGGCGGAGGCCGCGUGUCCCGAGCUGCAGCUGUUCCCAGACUUUGCUUCCAUUACAAGAGGGAUCAGACCCUGGCAGUGGCUCGCAAACUCCGAAAGGUGUCGGGACCCUUCUCUCAGACAGCGCCAGUGACUCUCUCCUUCAUUGCCCCCACAUGGAAAAGCUAAAGAGCUGUCCAACAUGUGGAGACUCAGGAGUCCGAGAGAGAGUGGAGGAAGUUGCUUCUGCAGCCAAUGGAACCCCAGAUGAAUGGAAAGGACCAGCCAAUAAGCCUACAGCCAUUGGUCGGCACUUAAAGACCCAGAAUGGUCUCUUGAGCCCCCCUCCAGAAGAUACCCUGAACAACAGCCAGGCCUCCCUUUACGAGAUGCUCCAAGAAAAGGGUCGCUGGUGUGGGGUCAGUAUGGACCAGUCUGCUUUGCUCCCCCUCCGCUUCAAAAACAUCCGGGAGAAGACAGAUGCCCACUUUGUAGAAGUCAUUAAAGAGGACAGCCUAAUGAAAGAUUACUUCUUCAAGCCGCCAAUUAACCGCUUCAGCCUAAACUUUCAAGACAAGGAGCUGGAAAUGUCAUAUCGAGCCAGCUACCAGGAGGAGGUGAUGCGGAUGGCUCCAGUAAAAACAUUUGCCAGUGCCACGUUCAGCUCUUUGCUUGAUGUCUUCUUGUGUUUCUUCAUCUUCCUCCUCCUCUCCAUUGCUUGUUUCCUGAAGCCACCUACAGUUCCUACAUCCCCAACAACACUGGUGAUCAUCGUCCUUGUUGUCUGCGGCUUCUUGGGGUUUCUCUCCUUACUUGUCUCUAUCAGGAUGGCCUUCUAUCUGGAGGACAUGUUCCUGUGUACCCGGCGUUUCCUGGAAGUGAUCUCUGGGUGGCUUCCUCGUCAUCUCAUCGGCACUGUUCUGGUUUCUUUGCCCGCCACGGUCGUCUUCUCCAACCUAACUGCUGAUUUCUACAACAAAAUACGCUACACCAUGUUCCUGUGCUCUGCUCUGCUGAUCCCUCUAGUUCAGUACUGUAACUUCUGCCAGCUGAGCUCCUGGCUGAGAUCCUCUCUUGCUACGGUGACUGGAGCCGCUCUGUUGAUUCUGCUGUAUGUGCCGCUGUUUCCAACAGGACCCGUAGUACUAGAAGAGUCCAAUACUGCAACAAACUACAGCUCUUCCUCUCCUCCUCCUGACAUUCUGAAUCCUGACAGUCCAAGCACCUGCCUACUUGGACCAGAACUUGCUGUAGCUUAUUUUCUGCUCCUCCUUCUCGUGUGGUUCCUGAAUCGAGAGUUUGAGGUCAGUUACCGCCUUCACUACCAUGGUGACGUGGAGGCAGACCUUCACCGUACUAAGAUCCAGAGCAUGAGGGAUCAAGCAGAUUGGCUUCUACGCAACAUCAUCCCUUAUCACGUAGCUGAGCAGCUGAAGGUGUCCCAAAGCUACUCCAAGAACCACGAUGAUGCUGGUGUCAUAUUCGCCAGCAUAGUCAACUUUAGCGAAUUUUAUGAAGAAAAUUAUGAAGGCGGUAAGGAGUGUUACAGGGUUUUAAAUGAGCUCAUUGGAGACUUCGAUGAGCUUCUUAGCAAGCCUCAUUAUUCGUGCAUUGAGAAGAUCAAGACCAUUGGCGCUACAUAUAUGGCCGCCUCGGGACUUAACCCAUCUCAGUGCCAGGACAGCAGCCAGCCUCACCGCCACCUGCAGACAUUGUUUGAAUUUGCCAAGGAAAUGAUGGGCGUGGUGGAUGAUUUCAACAACAACAUGCUGUGGUUUAACUUCAAGCUCCGCAUUGGGUUUAACCACGGUCCACUGACGGCAGGUGUGAUUGGGACAACCAAGCUACUGUAUGACAUCUGGGGGGACACAGUGAACAUUGCCAGCAGAAUGGACACAACAGGAGUGGAAUGUCGCAUCCAGGCAAGUGAGGAAAGCUAUAGGGUGUUAGUGAAAAUGGGCUAUGACUUUGAUUACCGAGGGACCGUCAAUGUCAAGGGAAAAGGACAGAUGAAAACCUAUCUUUUUCCAAAGUGUACAGACAAUGGAGGCCUAGUGCCCCACCACCAGUUAUCAAUCUCUCCUGAUAUCCGGGUACAGGUGGAUGGCAGCAUCGGCCGUUCCCCCACAGAUGAAAUAAGUAGCCUGGUGACAGGAGGGAAAGGGGCAGCAGAGUCUGGCAGCGGGGAAACGGCACGUAAGCGGGAGAAGUCUGAGGACAGGGGUCGCGAUGGAGGAGCACGGUGAGAUUGGUGGUGAAGAGAAGGACCAGAUAGUUUGUGGGGCCACCAAGAAAGUAAGAGGCUGGCAGCCCAGCUGAGCAUCCCCGCUCUUCACUGUGCCAGCUCAUGGACUUAUUCAUUGUGUUCCAAGAGCCACCGCAUCAUUCCACAACUCAGUCUUAUGGUGGUGUGACCUGAUGGAUAUCUAUAGACACGGCUCCUAAUUCUCCUAGACACAUGUUGGUGGGCUUCUGAUCUGAGUCAUUUCUACAUCAUAUUCUUCUUAUAAUAAGUGGUGACAUCACCAUGACUUAACUCUACACACAUGAAGAAAGUUGGGGCUCCACAUACGCUCACUGUAUUGGGACAACUCUCUAAGCUGUGCUUAGUAGCCAAGGCUGGCUCAAAAAUUUCCAGAGUGACAGUAAGGGCAAAUGUCCAGAUCCAUCGGGGGUGCAACUUGCAAUCCGACGUUUGGUGGUAGAGUUGGGUCUCUUGGCACCUUCUUUCGUGCAAUGUAUAAACACUCUAAAGCGAAGGCAUGCCAUCUCCUCCAUCUAGAUUACCUCUGGAGGGCUACACAGACACUGGAUAGACCAUGUAUUAGUGAGAAGGGCAUUCUCUCACCCCCAUCUCAUGCCUCCUCCUCUAUCAACCUUCGUCAGCCAUACUGAGGAUUGAACUAAGUGCCUUCCGCUCUCUGGAUAUUGCCCAUCCAGAUGAGAUGACAGUGACACCUUGCCGCAAUUCUCGCUAAUACUUGCCAAAAGCAUGUGCCGCACUGGACUGCUGCCCACCCAUGACAAACAGCACGGUGGGGUAUUUUUAUGAAUGGGGGAAAGAGGUAGUGAAUUAUCUCAUUUUUAUGUAACCGUGAACCCACCAUCCAUGCACCACGGAAGCAACCAUUUUGUAGGCGGAACCCACAUUCAGCCUGUCAUUUCCCACUUUGCGCCUUGUGCCUUUGUGAUGUCACAGCUUCCUUAAUAUUGACUCGCUUCACUAAAUGGCUGCUUUGGCUCAAGGUGCAUGGGUUACAAGUUCACUUUAAGACAAAGCGAUUGUAUUGUGUUUUCAGUAACACUUUAGCUGCCUACCAGUUCCCAUUAGGCGUGUCGCCUCCUACAGGCUGAAAGUAGAACUUCAAAGGUAUGUUAAACAAAAAAAAAAAUUAUAUGGUCUUCUUGUGUAUGGCCCAGUAUUCCUUAAGGUCUUUGAGAUACAUUUUAACCUCUGUGUUUGCCAUAGCAGAACAAUAUAAUAAGGUACCUCUUUUCCGAAAAAGUUAUUUUUGUCAAGCGUGAUCAAGCAACUGUUAAAAGGGGAAGUAUCAGGUUUUUUUUCUUCUGAAAUCCAUACAAAUAUA